CUGCAUCUCCGAGCAGGCAGAGAGCAACGGCGCAGCAGAAGCCAUCCGAUUGCGCGGGCUCACACCCCCUUCCACCUCUUAGCUCAGGCAGAAAUUCAACAGGUGCAGCUCUGCCAUCUCUUCUCCCGCGGUUCUGGCGGAGGGGAAAGCUGUCGCGGCUGAAUCUCUGCCCGCCCCAAGGAAAUCGGCAUCUACAAACAAACAGACAAACAAAGGGACGAGGAGCAACCGGGUCCUGUCCGGCGGCUCUCCAAGGAGUUCGGAUCCUUGCAGCGGCCCCCCUUCCGCUUAGAAGCAGGGCUUGGAGGAGGCCGGAGAGCCGCGGCCCCCUCUGGGGAAGGCGGGCCUGCAACCCGGGACCCAUCGGGAUGCGCCACUCGGCGCCCUGGCAGGCGGGGCCGGGCAGGAGGCGGUGGCAAAGGCCGCCAAAGGACCACGAUGCGCCCUCGGCGCUUUCUUCAUCCCCUCGGUCGGCGGCGGCCCGCGAUGGAUUCCCCGGAGCCGGGCUUGUUGUGCCGGCUGCGAGGCCGGCUUGCGCGCCUUGCGCCCUGGCUGCGCCACGGGUUCUCCUGCCCCGGGGCGCCGGGGCUGAAGCGGCGUCUGCUGGCGGCCGGGCUGUCCUGCUGCACCGUGCUGGCCUUGUACGCCGCCAACAGCCUGCGAGACCCGCCGCCCGUGUGGGGCCGCGGCAACGACGGGGGCGACGAGGCGGUGACCGUCCUCAUGUGGUGGGUGCCCUUCGGGCGCAACCAGCCCUUGGACGGCUGCGAGCGCCGCUUCGGCAUCCGCGCCUGCAACCUCACCACCGACCGGGGGCGCCAGCUGGAGGCGCAGGCUGUCGUCUUCCACCACAGGAACCUCAUGAGCAGUGGCCUCCAGAACCUGCCCCGGGUUAGGCCCCCUGAGCAGCGCUGGGUGUGGAUGAACUCGGAGUCACCCUCACAUACCCGAGGCCUCCAGGACCUGGGGGGCAUCUUCAACUGGACCAUGUCCUACAAGGUGGACUCGGACGUCUUCGUGCCCUAUGGGUAUCUCCGCCCCAGCCAGACACCCGCCCUGCACCUCCCCAUGCCCAGGAAGACCAAGCUGGUGGCCUGGGCCAUCAGCAACUGGAAGGAAGAGCAGGCCCGCGUCCGCUACUACCACCAGCUGAAGGACCACCUCCCCAUCGACAUCUACGGCGCCCACGGCCUGAAGCUGAAGGACAAUAGUGUGGUCAAGACGGUCUCUGAGUACAAGUUCUACUUGGCCUUUGAGAACUCCCAGCAUCCAGACUACAUCACUGAGAAGCUCUGGAGGAACGCCUUCACAUCCUGGGCAGUGCCCAUCGUGCUUGGCCCCGCGAGGUCCAACUACGAGCUUUUCAUUCCCCCCGAUUCUUUCAUCCAUAUCGACGACUUUGCCAGUCCCAGGCAUCUGGCCCUUUACCUGAAAUUCCUAGAUAAAAACAAGAGCCGGUACCAGAGGUAUUUUGCCUGGAGGAAGCGGUACGACGUGCAGGUCUUGCUCUUCUGGGUGGAACACGGCUGCAGGGUUUGCGACGCAGUCAGGGCUGCGGGCAAGCAACCCAAGACCAUCCAGAAUCUAGCCAACUGGUUUGAGAGUUGACCCCGUGUGGGGUUAGCUGGGGUUUCUUCUUGGUGUAAUUAAGGGGAGUAUGUGACGGGUUAAGGGCCUGGGGUGACAGGUCUACACCAAAAAAGAGGAAAUCCUUGGAGUUUUGUCUAAAGGCAAAUUUGCAAGUUUGGGUUGCUUGCCUCAUGGAGAGUUGGAAAGGAUGUUGGGUCUAGAUAGGAGAACAGCAUUUUAAUGAUUCUGUAUGUAAUUCCCCCAGCACUUUGAAAGCUAGCACUUUAGUUCUUGCUGAUGUACUACUGUAUAAUUUUUAAAUUAUAGUUAUCCAUAAAUGCAAUUCCUCUAUCUAGACACACACACCUGAAUUGCAAAACUAAUAGCCCCAGGACUCUGCCAAAUAAUUUUGCCAAACAUGUAGCUCAACAGUGAUUUUGCAGGGUGUUUUUGAGGUGGUGACUUCUCACAAGUGGACUUGUCGCAUGAUGAUGCCUGAUUUUGAGCAUGGCCAGCCAGUUUGGGAUGGUGACUUGCCAGCUCCAGGCUCUGCCCAUAUUUUUAAGCUUUUCCAUUUCACCGUGACCCACGAUGGUCGGCCGCUGAUUGAUGGUUCCAUGAGCCUAACCAUCGUGACUAAAUUCCCCAGUAAUGUCAGAAUGUAAUCUCACCAUGUAUGCACUGCAGGUAAAUGAUUGCAUAACAGAAGACCAGUGAUACUAUCUUACCUGUUACCAAAUGGUAAUUGCAGAUUCAGGACAUUGAAAUAUGUGAACUUACCUUGACAUGGGUUUUCAAAGAUGGUCUUAUAAGUGCAGCUAAAUUAAAUCUCAUCAUUGGGUGCUGAUAGACCCAGUGCUGCUUCAGAACCAAUGUUCACCUAAAUCCAUCCCAUCGUGGUCUUCCGUAGCUGAAUCCAUAGAUGCUGCACAGACCAAGCACACUGUGCUGAGGACUUAAAUAUUUGUUUCUGUAACCAUCCUUUCCCGCCAUGAUAGCUCUUUUGGAUUGAUGGCCUCCACUGUACUUAAGACUUACCUCAACCUGGAAUGGGGAGCCUAUGGCCCCUUCAAUGCAGGCAUAUGCAGCUGUCCUAUAUGGGGAUCAAACCUGCAACCUUGGUGUUAUCAGCACCACAGUCUAACCUACAGCUAUCCAGGCUCAAUAGCAUUUGUUUUCAUCUUGUGUUCCUGGGAACUCGGCUUCCUUAGAAGCUUGUGAGAGAUUCCUUGGAGAUAAGUUCAACAACAGUGGGCAAGUUUAGGG